UUUUGAUUAUAUUUCAGAUUGGGAAAGGAAUAAAUGAAUUGAUAACUCGGGUUGGGAUUCUGGCUCUUUGCAGAAACCUUAAAAACUUUUUGCAGAAACCUUUAAAACUUUUUACUCCUUAUGUUUUCUCCCUAGACUAGUACCUAUACCAGUUUGGUGCUAUGUUUUCAAAGUCACAUCCAGCGUUGUUCCUAACUAGCCAUAACAUCAAUGCCCCAGAAAACUGUCUCAAGAUCGAAAGUUCUAAGACAGAUUAGUCUGUUUAUGUGCAGCCUGUCCGGUUGUCCGCGCGCCGACCGCUCCCAGCUUCAGCCGCAUUCACAAGAGCUCAAGUGCCCCACGCCUGGCUGCGACGGCUCUGGUCACGUCACUGGCAACUACUCCUCGCAUCGCUCCCUCUCUGGCUGCCCCAGAGCUAACAAGCCAAAGAGCAAGCCUAGAGACGGACAGGACUCCGAGCCACUGAGUGCCUCAGGGUGCCCAAUCGCGAACCGCAACAAAAUGCGGGUGCUCGAAAGCGGAGGCACGGUAGAGCAACACAAGGCGGCGGUGGCGGCAGCAGCCUCGGCCAUCAAAUUCGACGGAGUGAACUGCCCGACGCCAGGCUGUGACGGCUCUGGUCACAUAAACGGCUCGUUUCUAACUCAUCGCUCGCUGUCUGGGUGCCCGGUGGCCGGAGCGGCGACACCCACACCGCAGCCAAAGAAACCCAAAUAUCCUGAUGAUAUCACGCCGCUAUACCCAAAGCCUUAUACAGGGAUGGAGAUGAAUAUGCAGACGGGGAACGGCGAGGAUCUGAUGACCCUCGAGCAAGAGAUAACGGAGCUGCAGAGAGAGAACGCGCGCGUAGAGUCGCAGAUGAUGCGUCUCAAAUCAGAUAUCAACGCUAUGGAGACACACCUUUCUCAUGGAGAUAGGGAAAACCAGACAUUAAUACAACGCAACAACAAUCUGAAUGAGUAUUAUGAAAGUCUGAGGAAUAAUGUGAUCACACUGCUAGAGCACGUGAGGAUCCCGGGCGGAGGCACGGUGCCAGUGAGCUCGGCGGGCGGCACCCCGGGCGCGCCGCCGCCGCCGGGGCCCGGGGAGAAGCCGGCACAUGACAACUUCGACUCGUACCUCACCAAGCUGCAGACCCUGUGCUCUCCCGACGGCUAUUGCCCCGACGAGAACCGCCCCAUCUACGAAACCGUGAAAAAUGCGCUUCAGGACUUCACAGUGCUCCCUACACCCAUUUAAGGUUCACAAAGCGCCGCCGAACCGGAGCGACAGUGAACUUAACUGACUUGUGUGCCAUCGGCGGAGCUUAUCAGUGAUACGGACAAUGUGAAUUUAGUACAAUUUUGUGUUCGUGGUAGUGCGGAGGCUGUCUCGGAGCUACUCACCAAAGAUAUUAGACAAAGACUACGACUGCGUGACGCUACGUGAGGGACUAAUAGUUUCGUGCUAGGUAUAAUGACUGUACAGUGAGUCCCGCGGGGAACGUACGGGCAGGUAUUUGUGUUCUACUAAGUAUUAGGUAACGAUGUCUUUUGUAAACCGUUGUAUACGAUGUGUGACUUCUUUAUGACAUCAAUUAACACUCGAAGAUUCGUUCGACUUUUAUCUGUAAGCUGGACUAUAUAGACAUAAAAUAAAUUUUAAACACUGUUACUCAUAUGCUUAAAAUUAAUGUAAUUGUUAGGUGAGAAAUUUAUACUAUUGUAUGUAAGCGAUUUUAGCCUCACAAACGCAUAAGAAUCAAUUGUGUAAAUAUUGUACCUACAUUUGGAUAUAAAUAAAUUAUCAUUUGAAUGGCCGGCCGGCUGAUGUCGGUCACGUUAGGAAAUUUCUAAUUUCAAAUGCAACUCAUUUUCUAUCAAGCAGCAGGAAAUAAAAUAGUAUUUAAGUAAACACUGUUAAUCUGUCUUAAAAGUUGAUAAUGCUGGGAAUGUGCCAAAUGCUUCAGAGUCACAGCAACUCCCCAACGCUGACCUAUUAAGACUUAAAUAUUGAGAUAGAAAUACUAACGAUGUAAACAAAAAUAAUGAACUCCUUAGAGGACUUUCUAGUCAGUUUGUAAAUAAAAUUGUGAAUAACGUUAGUUGUCACGUCAUAGGGACGUUUUUAUUUGUAUUAGGGAAUAAUGAGAUCUCAUUAGAUCGUGUAAGUUAAUAAUUCAGUCACUAAUUGAUAAUCGAUUUUAGGGAUAAAUGAAUACCUACUUUCUUUGUUAGCCAAUGUUCACUUGCUGUGAUUACGUUACGUGUUACUUAUUUAUUGUUAACUUUACGGAAUAUGUGAUAGCUUAAUUAACUCAUGUUAAUGUUAAUUUGCAAUACAUUUAGUUAAAGCGCUUUACACAAACACGUGCAAUCCUAUCGUUUUAGAUGCAAAUCUUGUUUUAGUUGAAUGAACUGAAAUGUAUUGUUUUAUUGAAAUAUCAUUUUGAAGGUAUCACAUUGGUACACAGGAAUUAUUAAUAUUCGCAUUUAAAUACUAAAACCUAUUACUAUGUUACUACUCUGAUUGUCAUAUACGUUUCUGUAAAAUAUUGAGUAUGUGUUGUUAAAGAGAAUAAAAAUAAUAAAUACCAAGAUUA